AUCAUUUGCCCCGUGUUUUAAAGAGAAAAUAACGAUCCAGUUGCAUCCAUGGUGACUAAAAACAAAAUAAAACACCACGCCUAGCUUAAAGCCUACUGUGGUUGACUCGGCUGAUAGUAUUCUGUUUAUCUUUCGUUUUCCAGUUCUCUCAAGCAAGAAAAGAAACUGAUCAGAAAAGCAACUUGAGACUGCCCCUUAUAAAUAGGGAGGUAUAAGUUCUCUGAGCCUCAUUCCUCACAACACCCAUGUUGACGUCAAACCAAGUUGGUUUUACAGCAAUGUUAAUGCAGUUUUGUGUCAAGAACGUCCACAGCUUCUUAGCUGCCCUGCUGAGAUGGGUCUUUAUGCUGGUAUCAGGCACGCAGGUGCAACAAACACCUGUCGGAAGGAUCAGUCGCCCGAAGACUCGCACCAAAGAGCAGAAAGAGGGCUCCAGCACGCAGUUGACUACUCCAAGCAGUGUAAACUACCACUUUACCCGGCAGUGCAAUUACAAAUGCGGAUUUUGCUUCCACACCGCAAAGACCUCUUUCGUCGUGCCUAUUGAAGAGGCAAAGCGAGGCUUACGACUUCUGAAAGACGCAGGAAUGGAAAAAGUCAACUUUUCGGGUGGAGAACCCUUCCUUCACGAGAGAGGUCAUUUUCUGGGAGAGCUCGUGCGAUACUGCAAACAGGAGCUGCAGCUGCCCAGCGUCAGCAUCGUUAGCAAUGGCAGUCUGAUCACAGAAACCUGGUUCCAGAAAUACGGGGACCACUUGGACAUCCUGGCUGUAUCUUGCGACAGUUUUAACGAGGACACCAAUAAAGUCAUAGGUCGAGGUCAGGGCAGGAAAAGUCAUCUCGACAAACUACAUAAAGUUCAUAACUGGUGCCGAGACUAUAAGGUGGCUUUCAAAAUCAACUCAGUUAUCAACACCUACAAUGUGGAUGAAGAUAUGACCGAGCAGAUCACUGAUCUGAACCCAGUGCGCUGGAAGGUCUUCCAGUGUCUGCUAAUUGACGGGGAAAACGCUGGGGAGAACAGCCUCCGCGAGGCAGAGAAAUUCAUCAUUAGCGAACAGCAAUUCCAAGACUUCCUGGACCGCCACCAGAGCGUCAAGUGUCUGGUUCCAGAGUCUAAUCAAAAGAUGAGAGACUCUUACCUGAUUCUUGAUGAAUAUAUGCGCUUCUUGGAUUGCCGAGAGGGGAGAAAAGAUCCGUCAAAGUCCAUUCUGGAUGUUGGUGUGGAAGAGGCCAUCAAGUUUAGUGGCUUUGAUGAGAAGAUGUUUCUCAUAAGAGGGGGGAAAUAUUUGUGGAGCAAAGCAGAUAUGAAACUGGAGUGGUGAACUGUUUUAAUAAUGCUGUUUUUAGACUGUGUUUACAUUGAGGGCUGAUUUAAUUUAUAUGGUAAUAAACAAUUGUACAAUAUAGUUACAACACAGCUCCAAAAGCUGGUUGGAUACAUUGGUGCGUAAAUGUCUGUGUUUUCAGUAUUUUGAAGAGAUUCUACUGCACUGAAGAAAUUAUAUAUAUGUGAUAAAUAUAUAAACAUUUAUACGAUUUGUAUUAUGUUAUGCUUGCUUUUCAGCUGAGUAUGUUGUUAAAUUUGACUUUGCUGUGGUUGUCUUUAUCUUGACAUUCUUAGUAGAAUUAAUUGUUUUUAUGUAAUCUUGGAAGAAAAGUAUUGAACUUUGAAAGCAUGAAAGCACUUUUAAUUAGCAUUAAGGCUUCAGUACACCUUAGAUGCUUUAACUUUCAUACUCUUUUCUCUGUAAGCCCAUUAGAAAUGAAAAGCUUUGAGGCACUUGUAAUAUAGUGAAGGUCAUUGAGGCACCCUGAAAAUGAAAUCUAUAGGAAAUAAAAUGAUUCCUCAAGUUUAUUUUUAUUUUAAGGUAAAGUUGUAACUUCAUAAUAUAUUAUAUUUUAUUUUAUUACUUUAUUUUGAAAAAUAAAUAUUUUUACAUCUCUUA